AUGCGCGCUCCCCGCCUCUCCCGCACCCCCUUGGUGGCCCCGGAAGGCGACACCCCUUCCGCGCUGGACCGCAGCACUGCUCGGGCACGGUGCUCCCGUGCACCCUUCCCAGGCCGGCCGCUGAGCCGCGACGAGGGCUCCCGCCACGGCCACGGUCACUCCGCGUCUCGCCCCGAGGGCAGAGGCGGGAACGCGGGGGCUGGAAAGGACCGCGCGGCGCGAGGGCCCGAGGCUCUGACUGGCUCCCGCCCGGGAAAAGCAAUCGCUCCCCGAUCGUACAAAACAGGGCGAAAUCGUACAAAACAGUGGCGGCCGAGGGGCGUGGCCGAGCGAUUGGUACGGCCUGAGUCCUGCGUGCUCUGCGCGCUGCGAGCUCUUUGCGUCUGCGUAGAGCGCCCACCUCCCUUUCUGCCUCCGCUGCCGCCAUGGCGCCCUGUUAAAAAGCUUGUGGCGAAGGGGGGCAAAAAAAAGAAGCAAGUUCUGAAGUUUACUCUGGACUGCACCCACCCUGUAGAAGACGGAAUCAUGGAUGCUGCCAAUUUCGUAACAGUUUCUUCAGAGAGGAUUAAAGUGAAUGGAAAAGCCGGGAAUCUCGGUGGAGGGGUUGUAACCAUCGAACGGAGCAAGAGCAAGAUUACGGUCACUUCUGAGGUGCCUUUUUCCAAAAGGUAUUUGAAAUAUCUCACCAAAAAAUAUUUGAAGAAGACUAAUCUACGUGAUUGGUUGCGCGUAGUUGCUAGCAAAGAGAGUUACGAAUGCAGUUACUUCCAGAUCAACCAAGAUGAGGAAGAGGAGGAAGAUGAGGAUUAAAACUCCUUUAUCUGGAAAUAUUUUGUAUGAGUUCUGCAAUAAAAACUGGGAACCAAACUGGUGGUUUUCCUUGUAUCACUGCAGUGUGGAUUGACCAGAAAUGGAAAUCAUAGUAAAAAGGGCUUCAUUUGGGCUGCCAUUCACUUAUUGUAAUUAGACUUUUUUUUUCCUGCUUAAAAACUUUAGUUAUUGUGGUAAUAAUACCAAAAUAGAAAUAACCUCCUUUAAGGGAACUGCCCAUGAAUUGACCUUGAGCAGGUGGUUAAAGGGUGUGGAGGCGUGUGCACUUCAGUUAGUCACUAUUUUACUUCAAAAGGUGUGACCGUUUACCUGGUGCUUUUCUUAAAAGAUUCAGGUAUACAAACAUUGGGACGUCUAAUCCACUGAGAGCAAAACCAGUGAUUCUCUGAGGUUUGCUUCCUGCAGAAACAGGUCAGCGUCGAUAAAAUGCAAGGUUCUGGGGCAUUUACUUCACCUUUUGAUCACAAAUUACUCGAUGCACACAUUAUAUGUACAUCCUUUUUCUUCCUGUAGAAAUAGGAUGUCCUUUUCCACCGCUGCGUAUUCUCCUCUUCAGGAAAGAAUUUGGAGAGUGCUUGUAAAAGUCCCAGGUUUUAAAAGUAAAAGUGCACAAAAACGAAUUUGUAAAUAAAAACUGUUCCCGCAACUCUUUGCAACAAACCGUCCCUUUGGCCCCCAGCAGGGGGAGCUGGAGCUGAGCGGUGGGUAGAGCUUCCAGAGAUGGACCUGUGCAUCUGGCCGGGAUUGGAGCCUUGUCACGGGGGUGGGGCGCGAAGGAGAAACGAUUGAGAGACAGUUCAUGCCGAGGAGACGGGGAAACACGUGUGGACGUGCCAAGGGAAUGGUCACUUCUGAGCCACCUAGGCCAUGCCUGGAUUUAAUGUCCAGUCCUACAAACUUGCAUUAAGCAGGACCAGACUGAAAGUGGGAUUUCGUUGCCUUGUGUGCAGAGGCUGGAGAUCUGAGCAAGGUUAUUAAGUUGUAAAGAUGUGUCAUUGCCAACUGAGAAUCCAGAGCAUUUGGGAGUGACUUUGAAAAGAGACCCUGAUGCCUUAUGGUGCCCUUCUGAAAUCUAAACAAUUCUGCAGAAAUGUCUGCAUUGUCUUAAAAAACUACAGUGUAAAGUGUUCUUAAAGAGUUUCCCUCAGCUAAUUUCUACACCUGACAUUCUUGGGCUCUGCUGGUUGGGGAGCUGGAAAUGAGAAUCCUACCUUUGCUCCAAUUUAACAUUUGGUGCUCCUUGGAUUGAAUUUAACAUGUUGCAUCUUUGCAAUUUCAUUUGUGGUAAAGGCUCUAGCAUUUUCUAUUUCUAUGCAAAUUUCGUGAAGCAGAAUUGUUUGCAUGUGUGAAGGCGAGGUUUCUUUCUGAUGUAACUGAGGCAUCAGCUGGGUUUUGGCCACAGUCCCUACCAUGAUCUGUCCCUACCGUGAUCGUGAUCGUUAACUGUUAGUAAGUUUAUGACCUGGGUUUGCAAAUUGUCCUUGUUUGUUGCAUUGAUGUUCGCCUGUAGUGAUUCUUAGUUUGGUUGUAAAAAAUUAACCCUGGGCUAAAAUUAGCAUAUAUAGUUUUUUUUUUUUUCCCCAAACUGCUCCCAAAUUUUAAAACUUGUAAUAAAAUUGAAACUCAUUGGUUUUUC